GGGCGGUCCUAACUAGACGCCAUUUGCAAACCUCCCCGCCGACGCUCCGCUUGUAAGCAAGAUCCUUCGUGCCUCGCAGCCAUGGUUCCCAUGCCUCGCAACUACCAGCCGAGGAACAUCCUAACCCCGGAUUGGACCAACUUGGAGAAGGCAUUUAACCACCGCAUUGAGACAGGCUGUAGCAUCCGCACUGCGUGCAACCUUUUUGGAGUGAAGGCUUCGACUCUUGGGGAUGCUUUCACUCGGUCCCUCAAGGAGAGUGAUGGGAGGACGUUCGUGCCUAAGCACCAGAACAUCAAGAAGGUUUUCACUGAUGCGCAGGAACACUUCAUCGAGGAAUACUCGAUCAAGAUCGCGCGCAUGUUCUACGGGCUGCCGACGAGAGCUUUCAGGAGGAUGGUCCUGAAGUAUGCAGAGGCUGUUGGCAGCCCGGCUAUUCCUGAUGUCUGGAGGAGGGAAGGUAUGGCCACCCGUGACUGGUAUUACGGGUAUAUGUUCCAUCAUCCAAGGCUUGCAUUGAAGGCUCCGGAGGGCAUGUCACUUUCGCGCGCGAUGGCUUUCAACCGCGUAAACGUUGAAGUCUUCUUCAAGGCUUACGUGGAAGCUGUCGAGCGACACAGUUUCAUGCCAGCCAGGAUCUUCAACUUGGAUGAGAGUGGCUUGUCCACUGUGAUGAAGCCAUGUAAGGUUGUUUGUGAGAGAGGUCGUCCUGUUGCUUCGCAGGUUGCUCGGGAGAGAGGCAAUCAUAUGACUUUCGUGGGGAUUGUUAAUGCUGCAGGGCAGGGUUUCCCUCCAGUGUUUAUCAUCGCACGAAAGAAGAUGAAUGCUGAUUUUCAGAGAGGGGCUACUCCUGGAACCACAGUGCUCUUGCAGGCUAACGGUUGGAUGGACCAUGAGCGUUUCGUGCAGACACUCGAGCAUCUCCAUAAGGUGUCUUAUUCUUCAGUGGAGAAUAAGAUACUGCCCAUAAUGGACAAUGCCGAGUGUCACAUGAGCAUUCAUGCGGUUGAGUAUGCGAUACAGCAUGGCAUCGUAAUUGUCACGCUGCCACCUCAUACUACAGCCAAACUCCAGCCAUUAGAUGUAAGUGUCUUUGGCCCCUUCAAGUCUGUCCUGCGAUCCAUUCAGGACGAUUUCAAACUCUCAAACCCCCACGUGCCCAUCACGGAACAUAUGUUGCCAGAGAUGGCGUGCAAGGCCUGGGACAAGGUUUGUAAUGUCACCAACAUCACCAAUGGGUUUCGCGCAUCUGGCAUCUUUCCCGUCAACCGCAACAUCUUUCCAGAUGAUGCGUUUGCUGGGGCAGAAGUCACAGAGCAGGCCCCUCCUGAUGAUGAUGAUGAUUUGCCACAAACUCUUGCCGCACCCUUGACACCAUCUUCAUCGGAACCUGACCAACCUCAGCCUGGACCAUCUGGAAUAGGUAGGAUGUCACCAGCCUUCUCUGCUUCAGCGGCUAGCACUCCUGAAGCAGCACCCCAACCUCGGCAGACUCCAACAGCUUCAUCUCUUCCAAUUCUCAAUGUCACUCCCGAAGCUGUGCAGCCCUACCCGAAGGCUCCUCCCCGCCCUGCUGCCAGAGGGCGCAAGAAGAUCCGCGCCUGCAUCCUGACUGAGGAUGAGGAGGCUCUUGGCCAGCUGUGGGAGAAGGAGGAGAAGAAAGCAGCCAGAGAGGAGAAGAAGCGGAGAUCGGAGGAGAAGAAGAGAGAGAAGAAGAGAGAGCAGGAGGCACGACAGACGGCAAAGAGGAGGAGGAGGUCUGAGCCAGUUGAGGCGAGCAGCAGCGAUGAGGAGGCUGCCGACAAUCCUGCACUGUGUGACGACUCAUCUGAAUAUUCAGAUGAGUUUGCAGAAGAGCUCGAGCACGAUGCUGCCUCCUAUCCUUUCGUCCAGAAGGAGCCAGAGGUGGGUGACUUUGUCCUGGUCCAGCUUGUCUUCCAGAGGAAGAGGUCUGAGGAGCUUGUCCACUUUGUGGGCAAGGUCAUUUCCCUGGAGAAAGACGGGCGGCUGCAGUUGGACUUCCUGAGGAUAAAGUCGCCCUUGCUGAAGGACACCUUCCACUUCCCAGCCAUCGGGGAUAUCGACAGUGUCGACCGCAGCAGGGUGUUGGGGGUCUUCACAGUCAGCACGGGGACCACCCAACGACAAGCAAACCUGAUCAAGGUCCUCCCUCCCUUGAGGGACUUUAACAUGCAUUAA